AUGUAUGAGAAAACUCCGUACUCGAACACGGGGGCUGAGGAUUACAACACGGAUGGUAGUGUGGAGUUUAGGGUUGGUUAUAGAUUCAGGAGUAGAGAGGCAGUACUGCAAGGUGUGAAGAAUUACAGCAUUCGGCGAAGCACAAAGUAUCGGGUAGUUGAGUCGGACCGGAUGAAGUACCACGUACGAUGCAGGCAUUUCACGUACGGUUGUCCUUGGACCCUCCGGGUCACCUUCCGACAGAAUCUCGGAUAUUGGGAGGUGCAUAAAUUUGGCAGACUGCAUACGUGUCUAGCCCCCCACCAUGUCGCAGGAUUAUCAGCAGUUGGACAGUCAUCUCAUAUGCAGCCUCAUCUUGCCGCUCAUACAGUCAAGUCCAUCAGUUUUUAUCCUUGUUCUACAAAGUACACUGAGACAAAGCUAUCACUUCAAGCCGCCGUACAAGAAGGUAUGGAUGGCAAAACAAAGACAAUUACACAGAUAUAUGGUGAUUGGGAGGAGUCACACAAUAGGGUGCCACGGUUGCUCCAAGCAUUGCAGAGUUGUUGUCUAGGCACGUUAUGUGACUUGAGUGCUGUGCCAUACCAUGAUGGACACGUGAUGGUUCCGGACUGCAUUGUCCAAGACGGUAACAACAAUAUCCUACCAGUGGCUUUCGCCAUUGUUGAGUCUGAGAGUAUGGAAUCAUGGUCGUUAUUUCUAUCCAAUCUGAGGCGCCAUGUCAUACCGCAGGAAGGGCUUCUUAUUAUAUCUGAUAGAUUCCAAGCAAUCAAGGCUGCGCUUAGAGUGGAUGAUAGCCUAUGGAAGCCUCCUAGGGCGUUUCAUGCAUAUUGUGUUAGGCAUAUGGCUGCAAACUUCAUGUCCCAGUUCAAGUCAGCUGAGUGCAAGCGAUAUCUCAUUAAUGAUGCCUAUAGUCCUAGCAGUACUGGCUACAAGUGGUACAUGGAUGCUCUGAGGAUCUUAUCGCGUGAGAUGGCUGACUGGGUCGGGAGAUUUAAGAAGGAAAUAUGGCUGCAACAUUGUGAUGGUGGACGUCGGUGUGGUCACAUGACAACGAGCCUUUCCAAGUGCAUCAAUGCAGUGCUGAAGGGAACAAUGUAUCUACCCAUUUCAGCUAUAGUGAGAUGCACCUACGAGAGGUUGCAGCAGUUGUUCGUCCGUAAGAAGCGGUGUACAGCCGGCGAUGUCCGUCGUAUCACGAUGUGCUGCAUGGCACAAGGAAUGGUACGUCUAUGCAAGCACAGCGGACCCCCACAAAAGACCGCUGCACCUCCUAAAGUCCGCCAACAAUGGCAACCACCUGAUGUGCACCUGAUUGUUGGACUUGUCGGUCAUCAAGUAUCUACCGAUCAGUAG